CACACGGAGAGCCGGAGAGCCGGCCUGCCAAACGCCGCGGGCAGCCUGCUCGCGACACGCACGCCCCACAGACGAGGCCGCCAUGGGCAAGGGCGCCAUGGGCAAGGGCGCCAUGGGCCGCCCCUCCCUCCACGCCCAGCACGAGCAGCUCCUGCCCACGAAACAACUACGGGCCGUAGUACUAAAAAUGCACGAGGCCUUUCCCAGGCUCUGCGCCGCGUGGAACGAGGAGAACGCCAUGCGCAAGAACUGGGCUCUACUCUUCAGUCGAUUGGACACGGACGGUUCCGGCCGCCUCGACUACUGGGAGUUCCGCAGGGCAUUAAUUGAUGUCCUCGAGAUCAGCAUCACGGAGAAGGAGGCGAAGGGCCUCUGGGCCUACGUGGACCACGACAAGAGCGGCUUGGUGUCCAUCAAGGAGUUCCAGCACGCCUGCUAUUUGUUGAUACUGGACGACUGGCCGCGCCUCGACAGGAGGACACUAACGAGGCUGUGUGGCAUUAUUAAUGACGCGGCGGUGCACGAGUACAGCAAGGAGGGCGACGGCACGUCGUCGGGCAACUGGUUCAAGAUCUUCGGCCAUUUUGAUACUGAUGAAAGCGGGAGACUUGGAUGGGAAGAACUGGAGCAGGUUUCGAGGAGGAGGGACCCCGGCCUGAACCUGAGCGAGGAGAAAAUUACAUUAAAUGAGUUGCGAGGUCUCUGGCGAGCGAUAGACAUCGACUGCAGCGGCGACGUCACGGUCGACGAGUUCAUGCACUUCAUGAAGAAGAACGCGACGCAGCAGCUCCACGCCCAGUGGCGCAAGGAACCUGUUGCAAAGAAGGAAGAGGAGGAGUCGAGGCAAGAUAAAAUAAAGAGGCUGGCAGAAGCUUUAAAUAGGAACAGGAAACCCCGGAAGCCGCGCAAGAAGCCCGAUUAUCUGGUGAACUCGAAAUUCGCCAAACAGUUGCAAGUAGCGCAGUGGCGGAAGCGAGACACGGAGCGGAAGAUCCGCGCGACGCUGGAGGCUCGAUCGGCCGAAGCCGAGAGGGACUUUGUGACGCGCUUCGUCCAGCCGCCGUCCUUGAAAGAGGAGGCUCGGAGAGCCGUGAUCUUGGAUGAGCUCUCGAAACCGCUAGCGGUCGAUGUGGAUCACUUCCAGGAGUACGAACGAAGUUCUUCGAUCAUCGACGAAGUGGAAUUGAGUGAAGCCUCAAGACAUGCCACGGCCAUCAAGAUGCUCGAGGCGAAAGUAAAAAGGCGGGAGCAAUCACUGUUAUAUAAACGUAGAUUGGAUCACGUCGCCGACUGGCUCAAGAAACCGGAUCAUGAACGAGGACCCUUGACACAGCCACCUGUCUCACCAACGGAGACGCUGGACCUCAUGAAGGCGUCGGUCAAUGAUCUACGGGAGAAGAUGUCGACGUAUAGUGCGGGGCGCUUCGGGAGAGGUGCUAGAACGGCCGACUGGACGCGCAAGGACUUCGGCGUGGGCGUCGCCUACCGGUCGCCUGAAAGGCGCUCGACGAAGCGGCUGUCGCCCUACGCGUGAGUAAGCUAUGACUCUUGCGUGCGGG